AUGCAGAUUCCCCACCCGCCCCUCACUCGUGUGGUUGUGUUGCUUAGAUCGUUCAAAUACAUUCCACGUUUCGCCAUCGCGCUCAGCGAGAUCAUAACCUACGACGACGGGCUAUGGGGCAUCCACGAGUACUCCAGGUGGCCACAGAGCUUCGACAACCGCCUCUGGCACCUCGCUACGAUCUGCACUUCGUCGCUAUUAGAAGUCUCCCAAGCGCAUCUCCCAGGGAGCUUCAAGCCUGGUGACAAUGAGGGUGAUGUUGUUGUGCAGGUGGUUGUACUUUUCCUCCUCAACCCCCGGACGUUGCUUGAGAACACUCAGAAGGGCAUACCUGCGGACUUCGGCAAGCUCUGGAUUGUCGCCGAGUGCGGCGACGGGAACGCGGUGCAGCUCUUCUUUGUAGGGUACUGGCCGGACCAGAACUCCUUCGUGAUCUCGCACGAGGGCACGAACCCGACCACGCUUUCACGCAAGAGAACCGGCUUCGCGGACGAGCACGCGAAGACGGCCGCCGCCGUCCUCGCGGAGACCACCCGCCUCCUUUCGGACAAGAACGCGAACCAGGUGAUCGUGAUCGGGCACUCGCUCGGGGGCGCGAUCGCGGAGCUCGACUCGCUCUACCUCACCCUCAACCUCCCGGCCGACGUCCACAUCAAGGGCGUCACGUACGGCACCCCGCGCGUCGGCAACCAGGCCUUCGUCGACCUCUUCGACAGCAAGGUCGCCGACUUCACCCGCGUCAACAACGAGCACGACAUGGUCCCGAUCGUCCUCGGUCGCUUCCUCGGCUUCUCCCACCCCAAGGGCGAGUUCUGGCACAUCACCUCCUUGGGCAACGCCGUCGCUUGCUCCGGUGACGACAACGACGACGAUGCGGAAGACGAUCACCAACAUCCUCAAGGGCUCCGUCCUCGACCACCUCGGGCCCUACGAGGACAUCACCUCGACAGCCUCUUCUGCAACUUGUCUUCCCCGAGGCCACCCCAAGCUGGCCAGGACCGCGCGGAUACGUCGGAAUCUGCCAAAAGUUUCUUCUCCGACACCUCCGCUGUGUCCACAUCCACGAGCGCCACCUCAGCCGACCUCCCUGUCCCACACGAGGUUUCUGUCCCACACGAGGUCUCGGAAGCUGAGGCGUCUGGUUUCUACUAUGGCGUGCGCUCGCGCCCCCGCCUCAUAUUCCGAUCCAGCACUUGGCGAUGGUCUCCAGAGCUUGGCCAAUCAAAGACGGCCUGCGCGGUCUUCCUCGACACCCACAAGUUUGUUGAGGUAUGGGAAAACGUUGGUUCCGUACGGCAGCGGAUUGUCGACAUCGUUGCUAGCGGGAUACAUUUCCAGACUAUCGACAUCGUUCGCUUCAGAACGACAGUUGGGGAGGCUUCAUCCUUUGGUCCCGUGACCAUCUGGGUUGGCGUACCCCCUGACCACCCGACAUUGUGGCAAGAUGCCUUCACGGUAUCGAAAGUCGCGCUGGAAUUGCUUCAAGAGAAGUACCAAAUCACAGGCGUGGCCUUCGAGGUUCGCCGAUGCUCCUACACCCUGCUUGCGAACCACAUCAGUCACGGGCUCUACCCGACGCCUCCCUUUCCCGACGACCCGCUCUUUCACUGCGUCAAGCCCUUCACCUCUCGCAUCGGUGUUGCCAUAUCUUCCCAGGACAGACCCAACGUCCAAGGAACAAUGGGCCUCUACCUCGCCGAAGGAGGGGGCAGCGACCGUAUCCUUGGGCUCACCUGCAGACACGUUCUGGUUAAGCCUGCUAACGGCGAUCUUCCUGAAGGCUCCACCGUCCUCUUCGGUACUGACACCAUGGUCGCUGGCGCAGUCGUCGUCAUCAAGGAGCUCAUUAAGACCAAGUGGGACAAGGCCCUUGCGACCAUGGCCCGGGCUUAUAAAGCCCCACUUCCUCCCGACGCUCUACCUCCUCCCGACAACAUCGAGACCCCACAGGCAUGUGUCGACCCAUAUCAGCCGAUCUUAGAUCGGCUCGAGCUCUGGACGGAGCGGGACAACCGUGCUCUGGGCAGCUCGCUGCGGUCACCCCUUGUUGCAUUCUCAGUCGGCCCGAUGAAGUUCACUGAAGACUACGCUGUCAUCAAGGUCAACAAGGACCAAAUACGCGAUGGUUUUCAAGGAAAUACAUUGUUCUUCGAUACAGAAGCUCUUUGGGAGGAGUACGCCUUGUCCGACUCGAACCCUGUUUGGGAGCCGCUCAAGCGCCAGUCACUAGCGAUCACGGACUAUCUCAGGCAAGAGUCCAUGCAAAAGCCGUACACGCAGGAUGACCAAGGAGAGGUGUGCUUUCUGGUCGUCAUGAACGGUAGCAAGUCCGAUGGCACCACCAUCGGCCGUGCAAACGGUGCCCGAUCCAUCGUUCGAAAGUACUAUGGCAUCGCCGACACAGUCUCUGAAGAGCUACUGGUCUUCCCCUACGACGACAAGAAGGCUUUUUCAGUUCCUGGCGACUCAGGCUCCAUCGUCGUCGAUCUCAACGGCAAGGUGUAUGGCAUGGUCACCGGGGGAACAAAGCCAGAGAACUCCGGCGACGGCUCCGGCGACAGCGACGGCAAGGGCUCCGGUGACAGCGACGACAAGGGCUCAGGCGAUAGCGACGAUAAGGGCUUAGGCGACGGCUCCGGCGACAGCAGGGGCCUUGCGGACAGCUCGGUAGAUUUGACCUACGUAACGCCUUUCUUUUUCCUGCUCGACAGCAUCAAGUCGAAUGGGUUCCCUCUCGUACACCUCGACGUCCAUCUUUAG